AUCGUCUCGGACUGAAAAUUCAGUUUUUGUUUAUUCAGAAAUUCACAGUUUCACAGGGAAUACACUAGGAAACACACCAGAACAUGGCAAACAUUGGACACUUUAUAGAUAGGAAUGCCGACAUUCGUGCAGCAGGGUUGUCCUCGUUGAGGACCACUGAAGCCAACAGGGAGAGCAUCAAGGAUUGUUUUGUCUUCAGCCAUAUGGAGGAAAAGGCCGAGCAUAUGUUACGCGCCGAGUGCAAGCAUUUGAAGAUCCAUUCAAAAAGCAGACGCACCCCGAUUGUACCGUGUAAUACCGUGGGAGAUCUCCUCAGUACGGAAUUGCAAAAGACACGUUUCAUGGCAUUCAAGGAGAAGUUCUCCGAGGACAUGUACUUCAAGAAACCAAAGUUGGGGGACAUCACGCCGGCCCACUCGAAGCCGGACAGUGUGACCAACGAAAGUCGGACCUUUGGACGGCCAUCCACCUUUCCGGAGCCCCUAUACGAUAUCAUAUUGCCACCGAAGCCAGCCGAGCAGGUCAAUCGAGAGUUUGGUGAAUUUCACCAGAAGCGGAUCAUCAGCCACAAUCACUAUUUCCCCUCGGAGCAGAUCAAUCGCAAAUAUGAAAAGCCCUUUGACCGCCACAACACGUUUGGGCAACAGACCAAAUUCAAUGGCAUCGGAUUGAUGGUGAAACGUUGCUUGAAGCAGAACGGCGCGGACGAUCCACAUAUGGUCAUCGUCCGCAAGCCACAAAUGGACUUUAUAGAUCGCACCUACGGCCCAUUGGGAUUGAAGUACAAAAAAUAUCCAUAUGAUGUGCCGAAUAUGAUGCACGGACUGCGGCGACUGACGCCCAAGUGUGAUGUCAAAAUGCUGCUCGAAAACACCACACCGAGUACGAGCACUGAAAAGUUGGUGAACGCCUUCACUCACCUGAACAUUUUGCGCCAGGACCUGCAGAAGCGCAUCGACUUCAAAAUGUUCGACCUGAUCUCACUGCUGGAGAAGAGCGACAAGGAGAGCACGGGAUAUCUGCCGCUGGAUCGAAUCAUCGAGAUCAUGCACAAGCUUCACAUUCGCGUGGACGCCCGGAAGAUUCGCAUCGCAUUGAAGCACUACCGAAUGCUCCUCGACGAGGGCUGUGCCACGGAGCGCAUCAGCUACCAGGAGUUUUGCCGCCUGAUCUCCAUUCAGGUGCCAUUGCCAUCGACGGGAAACAUUUCGGUGAUGCCCGAAAAUAACUACAACAAGGAUACCACCUAUCGCCUGCUCUGCGCCGAUCUCAAGAAGACGCCCGACAAGGGUCGCGUCGAACGAAAGCACCAGUUGACGCCCGAGCAGCAGGACGCACAAAACACUCAUGUCGAGGAGCUAAUAAAUCCCGAUCAGGCUAUGCUGUCGGGUCUCGGUCCCAGCGAUUUUAUGCGCCUACGAUCCAAAGAACAGUUGCAGACUAUAUUCAAGGAGGUCGUAUCCAAAGAUGAGUUCGAACGCAUCUGUGCCCAACUGAUGGCCAACCAUGAGGACCAGAAAGAUAUGUUUUCGAUCCUGCAGUUCAAGGCCCUGAUGGGGAACCCCAUUCUGCACGUAAAGGGUACCACAUAGAUACCAUAGAUACCACAUUUACAACACGAGAUUAAUGAAUAAAUUGAAUGAAAAAAUUAUA